UUGAGAACGUAUAUGUUUUUUUGGAGUCUCUGACAGACAUGCAUGCAGACAGCAGAAUCAUCUGAGGUGUUUUUUGUUAUGAUAUCAAAUAACCUUUUUGUAAGCGUAUUUUAACUGGCGGCUGACUGGGCUCGAUUGGUAAUGGAAUGGAUCUGCCAGAAGAGAUCCUUGCACAUAUUUUUUCUUUCCUGCCUUUACAGGACAAAUGCAACGCAUUUACUGUUUGUAAGGCUUGGUCUAAUAUCAUGACACAUCCAAGCUCAUGGAGAGAUACUGAAGUCAGGUGUGAGUCAGGAACCAGUGUCCCUGAAAGAUAUUCUGCUCUUCUGUCACUGGUCAGAAAUUUAAAACUGAUAAUGAGUCUGACCGAUCCAGCCAAUCGCAAAACAGCACUGUGGGUGCUGCGGCAGGCGAUCUCCAUGGGUGAUGGGCGGCUGCAAGGACUUUCCAUCUGUUGUGUGGGGAACACACCCCUCUUUUAUGCUGGUCAGGACCUGCAGCAAGGCUUAGUGGACAUACUGACGAAUGGGUCGUCCCUAACCCUGCUUGACCUAAAGGGUGUGCCCUUCACCCUCAGCGACUCCUUCGUCAGGAGCGUUGCCAUGCUUUGCCCUGCUCUGCAAAGUCUUUAUGUCAACAAUCAUUCUCUGGUGUGUGGCGUCAACGCGGAGACUCUAAGGCAAGUGCUGAAGUCCUGCCGGUCACUCAAUAUUCUUGGAGUUUUUCAGGCUAGUCUAUCACAAGACGUCUUUAAAGAUCUCAUGCUGCCCGAACGACCAGCAUUAAAGAAACUAGAGCUCCGUUGCGAACGCUCACUCAAAUACACUGUGCCUCUCUGUGACCAGAUAUGGCUAGAGUUAAAACUGAGACACCCACGUCUCUGGGUGGAACUUGAGCUUGACCACACCCUACCUGAAUUGCACGUCCCAGGGGUACUGCAGCCCAGCAUCCCUGUUCGAUGUCUUCGGCUGCUUACUUGGACAUUGCUGUUGAAUGAGGUUCGGAUAGUCGGGCAGAGCUACGCAACCACGCUAGAGUUUCUUGAGCUGCAGACGACUGCGUCUUCUGAACUAAACUAUGUGUUGAUAGCUUUAGCAAAGCAAUGCAUCAAGCUCCAAGAGGUUCACUGUUAUUGUGUGGUCUCACAAGAAGUGAUAACAGCGUUCAUCACAAACUGUCCAAAUCUCUACAGAUACACACUCAAAACACACAAAGAGGCUCACCCCUGGACCUGUACAAAACUAAAGUAAUGCUCUCUCUAGCACUCUUUGCACAUGAUUAGAUAAUGUAAUUCA